CUCAUCAACUUUGUCCCAGAAGUGACUAUGAUGUUGAAUAAGGUACAACUACUGCCCCUCAGGAUGAAGGGAAGUGUACACAUGAUGAAGAUAGACUUUUCCGGAAGUAUUACCAACGUCUGUAUGUUGGUUCAGUGUCUCAGAGCAUCGCACCAGCUUGCAGGAAGAGGGAGCUGCAGACAUAUUUGUUCACAGAGUCGCGUGAUGGAGAGGGGUGGUGCAACAUGUUCCGAAAACCUCAGCAGCAUCUUUCCUCCUGUGAGAAAUCAUUCAAUUCGUUCUUUAUCAUCGCCACCAUCAUUUUGUUAUCGUAAAAAUCUCGCACGAGGCAACGUAAGCCAUAUGGCGUGUCGGAGUAUGUCCUCGCUGCAGGGGACGAAGGACAGGUACCAGGGACUCUGGGUCAACCUGGCAUAUCCGCAGGAGGAGCAGGACAUCCAGAACAUGACGGAGGACCAGUUUCACCUUCUUUUGACCGAAUCGCUGCUGAGGUGGAGGACAGAAGGGCUGUCGUGUGUGUGGCUCAAAGUCCCCAUCUCCCACAGCAGGUUCGUCUCUGUGGCCUGGAGGCAGGGGUUCGAGUACCACCACGCCGAGGGGAAGGCUGCUGUUCUGAACCUGUGGAUGAAGCCAGAAGCAGAGAGCAAAGUGCCGCAAUUUGCAACACACCAGGUCGGAGUGUCUGGUAUUGUGAUCAAGGAGGACUCUGGGGAGGUGCUGGUCGUUAAAGACAAAAACCGCUCGCAUUCCCUGUGGAAAUUUCCUGGUGGCUUAUCUGACUUGGGGGAAGAUAUUGCGGUCACAGCAGAGAGAGAAGUCUUUGAGGAAACCGGAGUUCGGGCAG